AUGCGAGGCUCCCAGCCGGUGGUCACAAUCUCGGAGGUCUUCCAGUCCUACGAGGAAGACUACAAACAGUUGAUUCAGCAGCUCCGCUCCCUGGCGAUGGUGGUCGAAGGCACCGCCCCGCCGCCAGAGCGCCUUACAGCGGGGCAAGAUAUGGUUGACGCCCACGAGCGCGCAACGCAGGCUUUCCAGCAGAUGGAGUUCGAGGUGAAAUCCAUGGGUUCGCUAGGUGCGACCCUGGCCGGGAAGCUGAAGGAGUACAAGCAGGAGCUUUUGGCGAGCAGGUCCUUGCCCCGGUCACUGAGAGCACAUGCUGGGCAUACUCCAAAGGGAAUGCUCCGCAGCCCCACAGCAAGGCUGGCAGGCCGACGCCAGUUUCUGGCUGAGCUGCUUGACCUGGGCCUGCGUGGUCUACUGGCCAUCAGCACCUUGUCGCUGGGCUUCGUCUGGGCUGGGAGCACUGCCUUCCAACGGGGCCUGGUAGAGCUGUCAACGCAGUUUUUCGAAGCCGCGUCUGCAGUGGGAUAUCCGUCCGCCUUGCUGUGGCAAAGGGGCAUUUCCCUGUAUUAUGCCGGCCGCUUUAAAGAUGGAGCCUCGCAGUUCCGCAGGGAUGUGGAUAUUAACUCCAGCGACACAGAGGAGGCCAUCUGGGCCAUGCUAUGUGAGGCCCAGCAGCUGGGCUUUGUGGCUGCGCAGCAGCAGAUGAUGCAGGUUGGAAAGGACCCCCGGGCCAUCAUGCGGCUCGUAUCUGAGCUCUUCGCAGGGUCUGGGCAGAGUGCGCAGCGCGAGCUUGAGGCCGUUGCCUCUGUUCUGCCUGGGGACAAAGACUCCUUCUAUGCUGCGCUCUAUCUGGGUCUCUUUGAAGAGGCGCAAGGCCCCUUGGCUUGUUUCGGGUAG